AUGUUUUCCUUCGACCAAGCAUCACUCCCACAAAUCACAACCCGCAAAGCCCUCAUCGGGGUAGACUUCCAGUAUGACUUUAUAUCAAAGGAUGGCGCUCUGCAUGUCCAUGAGCCCGAGGGCUUUGUGGAUCGGACCAUCAAGCUAGCUCAGGCGUUCCGAGAUGUAGGUGACGUUGUUUGGGUUCAGUCACAGUUCAGCGAAACUCGAUAUACACCCGAAGAAUACAUUGUUAUCACCGACAAUGUACCUAAGCCACCACGAGGCCCUACUAGAGGUCGACCAAAAGUUCCAGUCAAGGCAAUCGAGGUCAGUGGCCCACCAGACAAUGAGGCCUUUCUGAGCCACGAGGAGGCUGUAUGUGUCAAAGUUGACACAGCUGGUUGCCUAAUGGCCCCAAUCAUCGAAGACUCGUUGCCAAAGACAGAUGCGAGAUUGACCAAAUCUCACUAUUCAGCCUUUCAGUCAACUCAUCUGCUGCGAGUUCUGCGUGCCAAGAUGGUCAUGGAGCUCUUCAUUUGUGGAUCACUUACCAACGUCGGUGUGUAUGCAACAGCUCUCGAUGCUGCAGGUCACGGAAUGGCAAUCACUAUUGUUGAUGACUGCUGUGGCUAUCGUAACGAGUCAAGGAAGACAGCAGCAAUAGUUUCGUUGAUUGAACUCACCGGGUGUGAAAUCGCUUCGUACGACGAGGUUAUGGAAGUUAUACAGCCAAAGCCGAAGCCGAAGCCCAAGGCUAAGCUCAAGCCGCUCAAGCCAAAAGAUACUAAAAAGCCCUUGUCUUCGUCAAAGGAUCUGGAACAAACUGAAACCGUCAAGUCGGAACCCACAAAAGACAAAGGUCGCGAGAAGAGCACUACCCCGGAUUUUGUGAAAGACAUGACAAGCCUUCGAUUGGCGUCAGACUCGCCAAGCCCCAUACUCGCAUCGACACAGCCUCAGCCAAAAGCACCCCUGAUAAUUGCAGCUGAAGACCCUACUCCGAAGGUUGAAACACAAUUAAAGACUGAAGAAUCCAAUAGCGCAGAUCGGGCUACAACACCACAGCCGGCGGAUGAAGUACAGGAGCGAAAUGAACCCAAAAAACAUCCUGUCAAUGAUGAUGCCUUGAAGGUAACAGAAGACAAGACGGAGCCGGCACCCUCGCCGAAUACUAGCAAAAACGAAGCUCAAACACCCAAUACGCCUCUCCAGGAAAACACUACUAAAGACGAAGACCAAGCUGUUGAGUUGCCGCCUGUAGCAGAGACAACGGGAGCGGAAGUGCAACCUGUUCAAUCUUCCAGUCAGAAUACUCCUGAGACUGAAGAACCAGCAAAGAAGACACCGCAAAAUGACGAACAAGAAAAUCCCAAGACCCAGAAGCCAGCGGCAAUGGACGGCGGAUCGUAUCAACAGAGAGGCCUGUGCGAAGGAGAUACCGACAUCAUCGAGGACAUUCUUUCUGACUCUUUGCUCAAUGGCAUUUUUGAUAAGCUACGUGAAGAGGUCCAGUGGAAACGGAUGUCUCAUCAAGGCGGGCAAGUUCCACGACUUGUUGCAGUCCAGGGUGAAGUUGGAACCGAUGGGAACAUACCAGUCUACCGUCAUCCGUCUGACGAAUCUCCCCCACUGUUACCAUUUUCCCAGACUGUGAAGGCUAUCAAGACAGAGACAGAGAAGCAUUUGGGCCACCCUUUGAACCAUGUGCUGAUUCAAUACUAUCGAGAUGGAAGUGAUCACAUUUCUGAACACAGCGAUAAGACCUUGGAUAUUGUCAAAGGAUCUUACAUCGCCAAUGUUAGUCUUGGCGCCGAACGAACCAUGACGUUCAGGUCGAAGAGGAGGGAUAAGGACCCUUCUCAAGACGGAGCGCCCUUACCAGAAGGUCCGAAAAGAACGAUACAGCGUGCGAAGCUUCCACACAAUUCUCUUUGCCGACUGAGCCUGCAAAGCAAUAUGAAGUGGCUGCAUGCCAUCCGCCAGGAUAAGCGAGCAAGAAAGGAAAAGUCUCCAGCCGAACUUGCGUACGAGGGAGGUCGGAUCUCUCUGACAUUCCGACAGAUCGGAACGUUUUUGAACCGUGAAGAGACUCUCAUUUGGGGCCAAGGAGCCAAAGCCAAGACUUUCGAGGACGCCCAUCCUGUCAUCAAUGGCCAGACACCCGAAGCUAUCGAGAUGCUCAAGGCCUUCGGAACAGAGAAUAAUUCUACCGUGUUCCAUUGGAAUGAAAACUACGGAAAAGGGUUUGACGUGCUGCAUAUAAGUAGUGCACCGCGAUUCUUUGCCUGUAGCGACCCAAUAAUCAACAUGCGCAUUGCUUUGAUGUUAGCGGAGCUUGGUGUGAACUACGCAAGAGGAAGUGUAACUGCAGGGGCUGAAACACUAAAAUCAGAAAACGUCGUCGUCAAGUUUGUGGACAAGGACAAAUCUACUGUUCAGGGCGACUUUGCCAUCAUGCUGUACCUGAAUGCUCGAUAUGGUCCUGACCAGGCUGGUGGUCCUAUACAAGCCCCAAAAGACCUGGCCACUCGACUCACUCAUUUCCAACGUGCUGUGGCCCUUUUGGAUACAUGGAGAAACCUGCCAAAGGACAGCACCAGCGGUAAACGCGACCUGAUAUCUCUCAAACAUGAACUACAGGAUUGGAAUGGCUUCGUGGCUGAGGACAAGGGUCCUUUCAUCACAGGUGCGGAGAUGCGUUUGCCUGACUUUGCACUAUGGCCAAUUUUGCACGAUAUGGUAAAAGAGGCAGGGGUGGAGAAUUUCGGGGGGCUGAAAGAACUUCAGGAAUAUUACGAAGAGAUAGGAAAGAGGCCAAGCGUGAAGAAAGUGCUUGGUAAAGAGUAG